AUGAGUUGGACCUCAGCAUUCGCCCAGAACAAGGCCACCCCGAGCGAUGCUUCGAUAAGGGCGAGCGGCGAGUCCAGACCGCGGCGAGCCGAGUACAACGUCUUGAGGAAGAAGAGAGACAAGCGACAGAAGGACAUGCACCGGCCGAGCAGAGACGCAUUGGUCAACAACGAGGACGAUGACGACGACGAUGAGUCUGUGGGACCUUGGAAGGAGAGUGCGCAGGAGCAGAAGGUGUCGAGGUGGAGGCGGAUGUUCAGACGCCGGCGUGGGAUUUAA